UUCGUGACUUUUACGAAGCCUUUGUAAUUGCUGCUUUCUUUGCUUUGCUCACGCAGUAUGUGGGAGAUGCACCCGAGGAAAAAAAGGAAAAAUUGCGAAAUAAACAUCAAAUGAGAUAUCCAUUUCCAUGUGGAUUUAUCACCUAUGAGCCCACAAGCCAUACGCAUUUGCUUUUUGUAAAGUGGGGUGUACUUCAGUAUGUGGUAUUUGCUCCAUUAAUUACCAUCUCAGCAUUGAUCACCGAAGCGCUCGGAGUGUACUGCAGCGAGAGCAUGAGUUUCCAUUUUGCACGUGUCUAUUUGAGUAUUGUCAAAUUUUUCAGCGUCACUCUCGCUAUGUAUGCAUUGAUCACUUUUUAUGUAACCAUCAAAUCCGAGAUCGAUGAUGAGAAGCCACUUUAUAAAUUCGCUUGUGUCAUCUUCUUGACAUUCUGGCAAAAUUUGAUUUUAUCAAUUUUGGCUGACGCUGGAGUAAUUAAACCAAGUCAAUAUUGGACAUCAUCCAAUAUUUCCCGUGGCCUAAACGCCUUGAUAAUCUGCUGUGAAAUGGUUUUAUUCGCCUUCUUACAUGUUAUCGCAUUUGAUUACCGAAGAUAUCGCGACCAUGGUCAAAGAAAACACACGCGUUUCCUUCGUGGUCUCAAGAGUGCAUUCAAUUUUAUGGAUGUUGUUCGUGAGAUUGCGUUUAUCAUCAAAUAUGUUUGGUAUUUAUUUAGUGGCAAGGAAUUACCCGACUCUACUAGUAAGGCGUUAAAUAUUUAUGGGGCCAUACAUGCAGACGAUCCAAAUGCCUAUACACCAUUAGAAACUGUCGAUGGAGAAGAUACACAAGACUUGGAGGCCAAAGUAUAUGAGAAUGUAGAUGAGAAUACGGAAUUAAGGGAAAAGGAAAGACGUGGCUCCUGA